AUGCCAAUUUUUGUUGAUGGAUUUGAAAUUCCUGAUACACUUGGUGAGCGUCUUGAGAAAUUGAAGGAAAAAGGCGGACCUCUUAUGCCAUCUCCGGAUGAUCCAAAAAUUUGGACUAAAGAAUUCCAUGAGAAGUCGAAAAACGAGACUGCUUGGGCUGCUCCAUAUGAUUCGCGCUUUCCUCAAUGCCGUAAGCAGCGCCAUUGUUUUGCUUAUUAUGUUGACUUUUUCCGUUGCAAGGAAUUAAUGGGUGAAGACUAUGCUCCGUGUAAAUUCUUCCAAAAUGUCUAUCGUGAUAUGUGUCCAAGUUUUUGGGUUGAGAAGUGGGACGAUCAGCGUGAAAGUGGAACAUUCCCGGCUGAUUUUGAUCGCUAAGAAGGAAAAAAUAAAAAAUUGUAGGAAAAUAAAUAAAGUCUAAAUUGGGAGUUAUUUUGUGUUUUGAGGCUAUUUUUGUGUAGUAAAAUCGAUAAAUUGUUUUUUAAUUUUUUUUUAAUAAUUUGUUUAU